AUGCGGUCCUGUAAUGACGAAGUUCCGGUGCGGGGCAUCUAUGGCGACUACUGGUGUGACUCCCCCUGGCGGCUCGUCAACGACAGCAUCAACGCCAUGGCCGACAUCAACCGAAACGUCGACUUCAGCCUGUGGACUGGCGACAACGUGGCUCACAUCGAGGAUCAAUACACCAAUGAGACGUACGUCGUGCAAAUCCUCAGAAGUAUCACUGACGCCCUGAAGGCGGCGUUCCCGGGGGUCAAGGUGUACGCCACAAUGGGGAACCACGACUGGUACCCCUCCGACCAAUUCCCCGUCGACUCGCAAUCCCUGUACAACGCCACUGCCGACCUCUGGGAAGACUGGAUUGGUGAUGCAGAACAGAUGGCGAACUUCCGUAAAGACGCCUACCACACAGUGAAGGCACCUCAAGGAUUAAGGAUCAUAGGACUGAAAACAAAUAUCUACUGCAACCAUGAUAAACCGACAUGA